GCUAAAGGCUAUCGACCGAGAAGUAAAUGAGUAUGUGGACUAUAUGUUUGGAUCUAGAGAUCCCAGGGUCCGAGGAUGGCUCAUGCUGGAUUCUUACGUACCUACCUUUCUGCUGACUGUUGCGUAUCUGCUCUUGAUAUGGCUGGGCACCACGUUUAUGAAGAACAGGCCAGCUUUUCCACUCAGGGGUCUCCUUAUUGUAUAUAACCUGGGAGUCACAAUGCUUUCAUUGUACAUGCUUGUAGAGCUAAUUCUUGCCACUUGGGAAGGAGGUUACAACUUGCAGUGUCAGAACCUUAACAGUGCAGGAGAAGCUGACAUUCGGGUGGCCAAGGUGUUGUGGUGGUAUUACUUUUCCAAAGUCAUUGAAUUUGCUGACACUAUUUUCUUUGUGUUACGGAAGAAAAACAGUCAAAUUACUUUCCUUCAUGUUUAUCAUCACGCCACUAUGUUUAACAUCUGGUGGUGCGUCAUGAACUGGAUACCAUGUGGACAAAGUUUCUUUGGACCUACCUUGAACAGUUUUAUUCAUGUCCUCAUGUACUCCUACUACGGUUUGUCUGUGAUUCCAUCCAUGCACAAGUAUUUGUGGUGGAAGAAAUACCUCACACAGGCACAACUGAUUCAGUUCGUGCUCACCAUUACACACACCCUCAGUGCCGUUGUGAAACCAUGUGGCUUUCCAUUUGGUUGUCUGAUCUUCCAGUCCUCUUACAUGACCACGCUGGUCAUUCUGUUCGUUAACUUUUAUGUUAAGACGUAUCGGAAAAGACCUUCAAAGUCUGAUGUGAAAGAUGUCUCUCCAGUGAUGGAAUUCAAGAAUGGGUUCCACAAAGAAUACAUAACGGCAGCUAAUGGCGCUCUGUACAAUAAAAAAGCACAAUAAGUAGUAUAUUUUAAUAAUACAUUGUAGUCUACAAAAUUCCUCCCAG